UUUGGGAACCACUGUCGAAGAUAUAAGAUGACUUCCUCCAUUAUUCGUCAGCUUAGAAUAGAUGAACACGUAGCUAAUAAUAACAAUGGUUCAUUAAUAAAGAUUUAGAUAAAAGUAAUUGUUACUAAUACGACUACUAUUUGGUACAAAUAUUGUAUGAUUGAUAUUACGAAGCCUUUGACACUAAUAUAUAUGUAUAUACACACAUAUACAUAUAGAUAGAAAAGUUCUUUUAUUUAAGUUUAAAAUGGUCAAGUUAUAUGCAUUGACGAUUUUAUAUAAAAAUCCAACCUCGGCCAUCACGUUAAAGGCUGCUUAUGACGUCGAAUCAUUUUCAUUCUUUCAAAGAGGUAGUAUAAAGGAAUUUAUGGGUUUUGUCAGUAAGACCAUCGUCGAACGAACUCAAAUAAGUGCCAGGCAGAGCGUCAAAGAAGGAGAAUAUAUGUGCCAUGUUUAUGUUCGUGCGGAUAACUUAGCAGGAGUUCUUAUUUCGGAUCAUGAAUAUCCUAGAAGAGUUUCGCAUACCUUGAUUACUAAAGUUUUAGAUGAGUUCUCUGUUAAAUAUCCACCUAUGACGUGGCCAACAUUGAAAGAAGUUACUACUGAUUUUGCUCAAAUUAAUAUUUAUUUGGCAAAAUAUCAAAAUCCUAACGAAGCAGAUUCACUUACAAAGAUGCAAAAUGAUUUAGAUGAAACUAAAAUUAUCUUACAUAAUACACUUGAGGCUGUGCUCCAAAGAGGUGAAAAGCUAGAUGAUCUAGUUUCUAAAUCAGAAGGACUUAGUGCUCAAUCAAAAGCAUUUUAUAAAACAGCAAGAAAAACAAAUUCUUGCUGUAGUUUAGCCCCAUAAAAAAAACUCCUUUUAAUGAUAUUUAUUGAUUAUAUUUUCUUGAAUAUAGCUAUUAAAUUAGCCAUUUUCCACCUUUAAAAAGAAGAAGGAAAAGGAAAAAAGAAGAAUCGCUUUAAAUUAUGAAAUUUUAAUUUCGGAAGUUUAAAUUAGAAAAAAACAGGAAAAAACCACUGCCGGUUGUAUUAAAUGAUAUGAAAUAACUAAAGUAUAUUUUCUGAAUUUAUUUAUUUUUAUUUUUUUAUUUCUUUAGUAUAAACCGGUCCACUGUAUUUGCUAUAUGGAGUUCAUUUGCCUUUUAAGAACUUUAUCAAAUAAUUUAUCCUUAUUGUGUUUAUUUGAGUUGAAACUUAUCAUUACAUUCCGCGAUACAUUGUAUAUUUUACAUAUAAAAUUUUUAAUAUUAACUUUCAGAGAGAUUAA